GCCGCCAUCUUCCUUAUUCAUCGGCUGCCCGAACGAAAGCGACGUGUGAGGACCACGUAUAUGACGUCAGUGUGCGACGGGUGGAGUUGUUUCCCCAUGCAGCAGAGGCAGCACCGCGCACCGAGCGCAGAGUGGCGCCCCACCACCACCACCACCACCACCGCCGCCUUUGCGUCAACCAUCCUCAACUGCACAACAUCAGCCCUCGCUCGCAGCAUCCGCAUCUCACGGCCAGGGGAGGACCAGGAGCACAUCCUCAUCUCAGCAUCCAUUCCACAACUGCCCACCACCGUCUGCGCACCGCCUACACCAGGCGUGCUCCUCGUUCACCGCUUGCUGUUGUGGGUUUUUUUUUUUUGGGUGGGGGGGUUUGUGUGUGGAUUAUUCCCCUUGUUGCAUUUCUAUCCUCCGAGAUGGUUUCAUGUUUUAAUCGCGUUAUAUAAGGAGAAACGGGAUCGAGACGAGGAGGAGCAUCAUCCUUAUUUCCUCAUCAGGCUGGAUAUCUGCAGUGGCCAUCUGGAGGCGCAGACAAAGAGCUGAGCACAGACUGUUUCUGCGGAGGAGAUCGUUAUCCCCUCAGAGAGCAGUUCACUGGACAAUCUCCUCCGAGGCUUUGGAUGCCCAGCGGCCGCCUGUAGCCCCGGGAACCCCCCACUCUCCCAGAAGCGCUGAAGCUUUGAGACCCCUCAGGUUCUCCUCUGGCAGACGCUCUCUUGACCCAGUGCGGCUGAAGCCCCUGGACACCUCCCCGCAGUCACCAUGGGAACCGUGCUGUCUCUGUCCCCCAGCUACCGAAAGGCGGCCCUCUUCGAGGAUGGGCCGGCCACGGUGGGCCACUACACGGCCGUCCAGAACAGCAAGAACGCCAAGGACAAGAACCUGAAGCGCCACUCGCUCAUCAACGUGCUCCCUUGGAAGCGCAUCGUGGCGGUGUCGGCCAAGAAGAAGGGCUCCAAGAAGGUGCAGCCCAACGGCAACUACCAGAACAAUGUCACCCAGCUGAACAAUGAGAACCUGAAGAAGUCGCAGUCCUGUGCCAACCUGGCCACCUUCACCCAGGACCAGAGCACUCCGGCCCUCACCAAGGGCUCCAACAACCCGGUGUCGUCUGUCAAGAAGGCCCCGCUGACCAACUCCAACGUGGCCCCCGGGACCCCGAAGAGAGUGAUCGUGCAGGCCUCCACCAGCGAGCUGCUGCGCUGCCUCGGGGAGUUCCUGUGCCGGCGUUGUUACCGGCUGAAGCACCUGUCCCCCACCGACCCGGUGCUGUGGCUGCGCAGCGUGGACCGCUCCCUGCUGCUGCAGGGCUGGCAGGACCAGGGCUUCAUCACGCCCGCCAACGUGGUCUUCGUCUACAUGCUGUGCCGCGACGUGGUCUCCUCCGAGGUGGCCACGGAGCACGAGCUGCAGGCCGUGCUGCUCACCUGCCUCUACCUGUCCUACUCCUACAUGGGCAACGAGAUCUCCUACCCGCUCAAGCCCUUCCUGGUGGAGAGCUCCAAGGAGACCUUCUGGGACCGCUGCCUCUCCAUCAUCAACCUGAUGAGCGCCAAGAUGCUGCAGAUCAACUCCGACCCGCACUACUUCACUCAGGUGUUCGCCGACCUGAAGAACGAGAGCCAGAAAGAGGAGGAGAGGAGCCGCCUGCUCAUCGGCCUGGACCGAUCAAAACCAACGUCGAAUCUGACCAUCGCCAAAGUGACAUCAUCACGGACGCCUUGACAUCACUGACCCCCCCCCCCCCCCUUUGUUUUUGUUGACUCGAGAAAAAAAUGCCCCCGAGAACAUCCUUCUCGUUCGUCCUGCACAUAUCAGACGGAGAAAAGCGCCCACGAGCGACCUCACCGCCGGCUGUCCAUCACCGCUGCACCGUAGGGGGGGAACUACAUCCGCCUGCGUCACGAACAACAUCUCGUCCUCGAUCAGAGAGGGACCAGAGAGCACGCAGGCCAACUGAGACGUGUGGCGCUUCACUUUUCAACACGGGAGAAGGUUCAGUCCUCUGUUACUCCCACUUGAAGGUCGUCGAGCUGCGGCUCCUCGCCGUCCCCGCGACCACCGCAGGAGAAGCUACAAGGAGCAAUGUAUUUAAUGGUUUCCACGUCACAUCUUAACAUGCAUACACACAUAUAUAUAUAUAUAUAUAUAUACAGUAUAUAUAGAAAUAAGUAAGUAAACUUCUUUCCUUUUGCGCUGUUCUGAAAAUCCAUCCUAAAAAGCAAAAAAAGAAAGAAAGACUGGACAGGUGGUGGCAAGGAACGGUCUCAGACGAGACAUGUUGUUAAAUGCUGCGGCAAGAAAAGACGCAGGGCAUUUGGGGGUAAAGGGCCUCAGGCUGAGACCCCUGACUCGUUCAUCCCUCUCUUACGUCCACUUUGCCCCCGGACUCACUUGAAAUGUGCCAUUUUUUUCUCACCCUCCCCCCCGCCCCCUUAUCUCACUUUGCAUCAUUGAGUAGUUGUUUGAGAAAAAUACUUUCAGAAGCUGAUAGAAGAUGACAAAAAAAAAAAGAGAGAGAGACUCAAGUGAUAGUUAAAGGUUUCUGUCAAAAUUCUUUUUUCUGUAUCUCGUUGCGUACUUUGUAGAUAAAGAGAAAAAAAACUGAAACGGUUGUUAAAAACUUCAAGGAGGGGGGCAUUCGAUGGCUCAGUGUGUGUGUGUGUGUGUGUGUGUGUGUGUGUGUGAAAGGCAUCGUUUUCUUUGUACAGACGAAUGUGUGACACCGACCACACUGGUACCGGGACAUUGGUUUGGGGGGGGGGGGGGGGGGGGG